ACCUUACCAUUAAUGGUCACUGUGUGCCAUUAAAAAAGAAAAAGAAAAGCAACAACGGGCAAUCGAAACGCCGACCCCCAUAAGAAACGCCUGAGCCUGACCAGAGACCAUCUUGUUGGUGUGAGCGAAACACUUCACAAAUCCCUCCUUCCUCUUCUUAUUAGGGUUUUGGGACAUUUGAUAAAAGUACAGGACAGCGAUGGCAGUGGAGGAACCACAAAUUGAAACACUUAAAACAUCCGAAGCCCUACUGCAUUUCCCUCCUCACCCUCGAAGACACCUCCAAAGCCAAACAUAUCUUACUUUGGUUCGAAUUUUCUCUCACUGCUACGACGACUCACAACCUUCUCCUUCCACUCAUAAUCUUCACAAGGAUCUUAGAAACGAGAAGGACGGUAAUGAAUUGGGGCAAAGAACCGAGAGUCAGGCUUCUCAGUUUGUUGAAUUGGUUGGUAGUGAUAACACACAGCCUCAGGGUUUGAAAUCUGAUAAAAACACAGAAGUGAAUUUAAAUGUUGAUGAUAAAUGCUCUCUGGAUAGUAGGCAUAGCCAACAAUUGUCAAUUGAUGAGAUUGAUAAGCUGAUGAGAAUAGAUGAAAAUGAGGAUUUGCCAAAUCAAAAGGAUGCUAGUGAUUUCCAAGAGCCGGAGUUUGGCCCGGAACUAGUGUUAAUAGAUGAGUUAGAGUGUAUUGUAAAAGGAAGUGAAGACACUGUCCUUGAUAACAAUUCAAAGCCCCCAGUAGUUUCUUUGGUUCAAAACCAAAGUGGCAUUGAUGAAGUGGUGGUAUUUAAUAACCAAAAAGAACAUGUGGACAGUAAGCAAAUUGAUAGCGAAAUGUCUGUAAAUGUGAGUCAAAAGGCUUUAUCUUUGAAUAAUGUUGUUAUUGGCGAAAGUGUUGUUCGAAGAGAGAAUAGUGAGGAUAUACCAUCUUUGUUGAAUACAACAGUCUUGGAUGCUGGUACAGUAAGACAACAAAAUGAUAGGGAACUUAAUUAUGCUGCUGCCAUGGAUUUGAAUAACUCAUCUGUUUCCAUUAUUGAAGCAGGGAAGACUGAGAGGACAGAGUUCCACGGUGAGAAUUUUUCUGAAGCCUCCUCCUUUAACAAAACUACAUUGGCAAACACUUCAGGCGUUAAUAAUGGAAACGAUGACAAGACAACAGGGGAACCUGAUGCAUUAAAGGAGGUGCAAGAAAUGUCACUUAAGGAUAUUAAAUUGGACGAGUCAGUUUCUUGUGGUAUUAUGGGAGAUGUAGAUAUGGAAGAGGGAGAAAUUUCUGGUGGGUUCUCCGUGGAUGAUAUUUCAAUGGAUAUGUUGCUGCAGGAUGCAGUGUUAUUGGAGGGUGACAAAGUAAACGAGGAGUCUAUACCUGAUACAGAAGAGUUAUCCUGUAAAGUAGCCACUGAAAGAGAUUCUGAGUCCACUUUCUCUCUCCUUGACAAUAAUAAUGGAAUGGGAUUCAAGGAAAGUGAUAAAACUAAAGCUGUUAGUAAACCUGAUGUUUCUGUGAACGAAAUAUUGCAGAGGGCUAGUAAGGUCGAUGCAAAUGAUGCUUUACUAGAGACUACAAUUAUUGAAAAAAACAAUAUCGUUGGAAGUAAUAAGCUUGUAUUGCAUGGAAUAAUUGAAGAGGAUGCAACAGAUCAUGACAAGGUAUUUACAUCAAAGCCUGCCACUGAAGACAGUGGUAAGAAAAAGCGGAGGCUUCCUACAAAGGAAAGGAGAGCUAAGAAAAAAUUGCAGAAGCAAAAGAAACGAGCAGAAAAUAACAGAAAGCUUGGUGUUAAAAGGCUGAAACUGCCUCCAAUAUUAAAACCGAAGACUGUUUCUUAUUGCCGUCACUUUAUGGUGGGAAGAUGUUAUGAGGGUGACAAGUGCAAAUUUUCGCAUGACACAGUACCUUUGACAAAAUCCAAGCCUUGCUGUCAUUUUGCACGUAAUUCUUGCAUGAAAGGGGAUGACUGUCCGUUUGAUCAUCAACUCUCAAAGUAUCCUUGUAGCAACUUUGCGUCUGCAGGCUAUUGCAGCAGAGGUGACAAUUGCAUGUUCUCACACAAGAUUGUACCUAAGGAGGAUGCCACAACUUCAUCAAAUGCUAUGGAACCUGAGAAGAAAGUUGCAACCUUAAUGAAUAAUUCAAAAUUUAAGGAGCAACUGAAAGAAAAGAGUGCCUGUCAGCAGCCUUUCAGUGUUUCAUCCUUCUCUACGGGCAUUAGUUCUCACAAGAAUACUGGAAAGAACAAAAAUGAGACAUUUUUGAAACAAGAAAAAUCGGUACCUAAAGGAAUUAACUUUCUUUCUGUUGGGAGUUUGCCUUUGGUAGAUUCUGUUAAGCUCAAACAACAAAUUUUAUCUCCAAAUAGAAUUGCUGGUGCCGGGGUUGGGAAUCAUCUUGAACAACAUGGAUCAGGCAUAGUGCAGAAUUCCAAUGAGAUUUUAAACAAAAGUGCACCCAUAGUAGCACCAAAGGGAGUAAAUUUUCUUUCAUUUGGAAGAAGUCAACAGGAUGAUUUCAGCAGUAGAACAUUAGUGAGCACGCCAUCAAGUGGGGAUAGCAGUGUGAAACUGUCUUCUGACAAUUCUGUUAUGCUUAAUCAAACUAACUCAGCUCCAAAAUCAAAUUUGAUGUUGAAAGGAAUUCAACCUGCAGUGACUCCAAAGGGAAUAAACUUCUUCUCUUUCAGAAAAUCCUCAGUUAAUGAUUCUUUGGAUAAGUUAAAGUUGCCAUUCAGCUGCGAUGAUGGCUCUGAUAGUAGUGUUAACGGGAGACAAUAUCCAUUGGAUGAACAGAAGCAUUCAUGCACAACCUCGAAAACUUUGCCAUCUUCUUCAGUUUCUCUUGCUCAGUCGCCUGACCCUUCAUCAUCCAGGUUCCAUAAAGACACUGCACAUUCAGCUCAGAAGGCACUCUUAUCUACACUUGCAUUUGCUGCCAAGCAUGAGUCUCGAGUUAAACAGAAUGAGUUGAUUCGAGAUCCAUCAGGUGGUACUGAGAUUGACAAGGGCAUCAGGGAAAACAGUUUGAUCGGAGGCUCACAAAAUGGUUUGGCAAAAGUGUCAAGAAUUGUUGAGUUAUUGUCUAGCUUCAGUGGUAAAAGCAAGCAAUAAUGUAUGUUGGUUUUUCGUUUACAAAGACCUGGGCUCUUGACAGUUAAUCAUAAGAAAGGGGGUCAUGUAGGCAAUCCAAUCAACUCAGUUUCAGAAUACAGAGGUGGGAAAUGGGAAUGUGAAGGAAUCUAGUGUUCUUUCCCCCAUUAGCAGCUCAUAAGGUGGUUUGCUCUACUGUUUUCAACAUCUGAUACUCAGGUACCCUUUGCUUUUCAAAGAUUUUUAAAAAUCACAACUGAACUUGGUAGUUAAGACGGAUUGAAGCUAACUGGUGAGUUUUGGGCCAAUCUUCUUUUCUUUCCUAUGGCACCUUGGUAGUUUAUGUGCUAUAUACUAUUGACAAACCAAACAUUGAUUGGCAAUCAUGGGAAAGAAGUUGCUAUCAUUAUCAAUAUUUUGUACAUGAAGCCCAACUGCCUUCAAUUUUGCAAGACUUUAACACAAUUGCUAUACCUACCAGCUUGUCAUUAUUUUCAUUCCAGAGGCAUUGUAAAUAUGAUUGGUAUUAUGCAAUUACUGUUUGUUGAUUAAUUUGGAAUUUACACAUUUAGAUAUUUUUAUUAUUCUGACAUGGAUUCUGGCUUGAUAUGAAAUUCACCUAAAAUUAUUUCUCAGUCGGCUCGGACUGAACAGUCCCAAUACAAUCUUUUUAAUCUGAAAGAAAACUCAAAUAUGUUCCUGAAUCAUGCGGUUGCCUUCUCACUCCAGCUGUUUACCCUCAAAGCCAAUUACAAUACUGUGUACAAGGUAAAGGUACAAUGCCUUUGAUAUCACCAUACAACAAAACCAACCAAUUUCAGAUAUAAGCCCCUUGACAACUAGUGUCAUACUGUCAUUGCAUAACUUUUUUGAGGGUGUCUUUAAAUCAAAGUGCUGUAUCUCACGCAGAGUAAAUAGCAUUGGAUCUGAUAAAAAAUAGAGGAAAAGGAAAGAAAAAGGGUAUCUUAAUAAAUUAUUGUACUAGUAUGGUCUUGAAGACUCAAUUAUGUUUGCACCAGUCCAAAUCAAGGACAUGUACAUACAUAUAGGAAAUAUAUCACCAAUUGGAACACUAAUUAGUGUGAAACUAAAGAUUUUAUAGUUUCAACUAAAGAGAGAAAAACAUAUUAAUUUUGUUUUUUGUGGUGUGGUCAUCAUUUGUACAAGGCAAUCAAGGACGGGGUCGCCCUCCAGUCUGUUGUGGGGAUGACCAGUUGAUUGUAUCUUAACCCUUUUUCUCUGCCAAAUGUGUCUUUUAGUAUUUUGGCCUAUAGUUUGGGUUCUCUCUUUUAGAGUAAAAACUAUAAAAUUACCACUCCUUCA